AAACCCAUAUCAGAACCGAAGCCGGUCUUUCUUCUUCCUCUCUUCCUCCCCUUUCCCUUCUCUCUCUCUCUCUCUCCAAGCAUGAGCAGCACUUCCGCCCCAUCUCGCAAGGCUCUGAGCAAGAUCGCGUGCAAUCGCCUCCAAAAAGAGCUCCUCGAGUGGCAAGUCAACCCCCCUGCUGGCUUCAAGCACAAGGUCUCCGACAAUCUCCAAAGGUGGGUCAUUGAAGUUCAUGGAGCCCCAGGGACUUUGUACGCUAAUGAGCCGUACCAGCUUCAGGUCGAUUUUCCUGAGCAUUACCCCAUGGAAGCUCCUCAGGUGAUUUUUCUUCACCCAGCGCCGUUGCAUCCACACAUUUACAGCAAUGGGCAUAUCUGUCUAGAUAUAUUGUACGAUUCAUGGUCCCCUGCAAUGACUGUAAGUUCAGUGUGCAUUAGCAUUCUCUCCAUGCUAUCGAGCUCCACCGCAAAGCAACGCCCAGCUGAUAACGAUCGUUAUGUGAAGAAUUGUAGGAAUGGUAGGUCUCCAAAGGAGACGAGAUGGUGGUUUCAUGACGACAAGGUUUAAAUAAACUGGUGCCGUUCUUGUGACAUACAACAGUGGUCACAGCUCCUCUUUGGUAGAUGCAUACUGCAAUAAUGCCCAUAAAUGCAGGAGUAUUGACGCGAUUCAGUAGUUUUGCCAAGGGUCUGUGAGCUGCUGCAUGUUAAAAAAGAAAAUAUUUUCACUUGUAUAUGAAAUUAUAGCUGUUCUGGACUGA